AAAACAGCAACCAGCGGGAGCUCAGUUUCCACAUAAUAGCUAGAGAGAGAGAGAGAUGAAGCUAGCCUAGGUGAAAAUUGUGUUGCAGGCAUGGUGAAGGAGCAGAGCUUCCAAGGGAAACAAAUUGGUUGCAUCACCGGCUUCCUUCAAAUCUUUGAUCGCCACCAGAUUAUCUCCGCCAAACCCCUCCCUCCCUCGCCGGUAUUCGAUACAACAACAUCCGAGUCAGAGAAGUCUACCCCCUCCUCGCCGGCGAUCUCCAUGGAACUCGCGAAACCAUCGCCGAUGCUGGAAGGCACCAAGUGUUCGUGGAAAUUCGGCAAAGAAGCCUCACGCCUGUCGCUCGACAGCAGAACCACCACAGAUGCCAAGGGCACUCUCCACUCUCCCAGCGUCAUCGCCAGGCUCAUGGGCCUCGAUUCAUCCUGCUUCGAACCCGAGCUCCGGAGAUCCGCCUCUGAAUCCAGAGUCUCCAGAGAUCUCUUCCACUCUCGAUUAACCAAUUUCCCCUCCACCGCCGACGACAACUCACCGCGAUUUUCAGAUCCGAUUAACUUUUUGCUGAAGAACGCUAGUAAAGUCGAUACGCCGAAACCGUUCAACAACAGAGGCGCUCCUCGUCACCGCAAAAGCUUCUUCGAUUCCGGCGACUUCUUCCCCGAGACUAAACAGGCGGUUUCUAUCCACGCCGAGACCGACAACAGAUUGAAAUUGCGAGGAAUUGAGGAAUCCUCCACGGAUUUGGAAACAUUGAAGCAAAUACUCGAAGCUCUGCAACUCAAAGGACUUUUACAUUCCAGAAAACGCUCGGAGCACCACCAAAUCCGCCACCGCAACUUCGUCUACGACGAUUCCCCGAUCGUCGUAACGAAACCGUCGCGAUCGCCAAAUUCUACGCCAUUCAGUCGGAAAUUGUCAUACGAUUAUUCCCCGCCGCUCGGUCGAAAUCACGCCCGCGGAGGUGGCAUGAGGAUUGGAGAAAAUUCACCUCGACGUGACCGGAAUCCUGCUCAGACCGGAGGUAAUGCAAUCGGAAGGCGGUCCAACUCAGUGCCAAAGCCUAAACCGUUGAGCGUCGAAACGCAUUCACAUGAAAACCGGCAGGUGUCUCCAAAUCCGAAGCUCAACCCGAGAAGAAACGGACGGGAAGCACCUGCCAGUGCAAUAUCGCCAAGGAACGGCGAUCGGAGAGAGGGGAAGGCAGAGGAUGGAUCAUGGUCAAUUUCCGGUGGCAGUGAGAGGUGUAAAAGCGAGGGGCGCAGCUUAUUAGAGAGGUGUGAUAAGCUGCUGCAAAGCAUAGCGGAGAUGACUGCGACCGAAAUGCAGUCUAGCCCCGUGUCGGUUCUUGAUUCGUCCCUGUACAAGGACGAGCUAUCGACCCCUUCACCCAUCACGACAAGGCGUAAUAUUAAAUUUAAUUUCAAAGGUACAACUUUCUUAAUGCAUACUAUAUGCUUUGUUUCUUGAUUAGGGGAUAGAGGAUGUGAAUGAACAUUUGAAGUCACGUGGGGUGGACCGUGAUGCUUGUGUUUGAUUCAUAAUCAAUUGAAAACGACUCACACUAGUUGUUAUUGGACUAAACUCGUGAACUUUAAGUU